AUGGCUAAGCACCACCGUUCCCGCCUCUUGGAAAUUGAUCUAAACCAACCAGCUGCUUUUGAUGAAGAGGAGGAGAACAACGGCGGCAUGAACAUAGCGGCGGCCGUGGCGGUGGCGCCGGUUGUCAACCCUGGCCCCGUAGGCAUGGUCAGAGAUGAAGCCCGUUACCUUCAUCAUCAUCAUGAUGGUGGGAUUUCGGAAAAUCCGCCAAAGAAGAGGAGGACACCCCGAGAAGAUGUUCGGGCCGCUGAUUCUUCCCGGGCUUCCAAGCCCAACCAUGGUGACGGUGGCGAUGGGGGCGCCGAGGGAGGAGGAGGGGCGGCAACGGCGGCGGAUGAAUCAGCCGCUUUGGGGGCAGCGGCAGAGGGGCCGCCAGGUGUCGAGCUGAGGAAAAGCAAGAGGCUGACGUCGUGGCCGUAUAGUUUUGCGGAUGCGGUACUCUUGGAGCCACUGCAUUCAUGGUUACCGGAGCUUCGUCCUACACGUGGGCCCAGGAAGUCCAAAAAGGCCAACAAAAAGUCAGAAUGAAACCGACCGGUGCUUCCCAAAAAUGCAGUUUUCUUAUGGUAUCAGUUUGGAACCCCUUCUUUUCUCUGUUUUUUCUUUAAUUUGUUUUUUGGUUUUGAAGAAGAACUGUAUAAAUCGGUCUAUUUUGAGACG